ACAUCAGCCCACUGAGCCCUGGUGAAGGCGGCUGACAGAGAGUGAUAGAGUGAGCAAGAGAGAGAGAGAAGGGCUCGGAUUGUAACAUCCAGCCGUCUUGACUCUCACUGGAAUAAUCUCUGAACAAAUGGUCUGAAAGGAUAAGACAUAAGACAAUUGGAAAACGGAGAGCAAGAGAACGUUCAAGGGGGAUUUGAUCCCACGCCAUCACUUCAUUAUCUGGCUGUAGUCUGAUAUUGGUGCACAAAUUGGAAGCCUGUCUCUGUGCAUGUGUUUGGGAUGAAGCCCCUGUGGGACAUUCACUUCCUCCUGCUCAUCCUCCUGUACCUGUUAGGGGCCGUCACAUCACAAGUUAACCCAGGUGUGUGUCGGUAUCCUCUGGGCAUGUCAGGAGGGAAGAUACAGGACGAGGACAUCUCUGCCUCCAGCCAGUGGUCCGAGUCCACCGCUGCUAGAUAUGGCAGGUUGGACUUCGAGGAGGGCGACGGCGCGUGGUGUCCAGAGAUAACAGUCGAGCCAGACAGCCUGAAGGAGUUCCUCCAGAUUGACCUGCGCUCGCUCCACUUCAUCACCCUUGUGGGCACCCAGGGUCGCCAUGCGGGAGGCAUCGGUAAUGAGUUCGCCCAGAUGUACAAGAUUAAGUACAGCCGUGAUGGAAGCCGCUGGAUCUCGUGGAGGAACAGGCAAGGCAAACAGGUGAUUGAAGGAAACAGGAACGCCUACGACAUUGUACUCAAGGACCUCGAGCCGCCCAUCAUCGCUCGCUUCGUCCGCUUCAUGCCCGUCACAGACCACUCCAUGAACGUCUGCAUGAGAGUAGAGCUCUACGGCUGUGAAUGGCUGGAUGGUCUUGUGUCAUACAACGCUCCAGCAGGAGAGCAGAUGAGCUUGCCUGCAUACCCUGUUUAUGUCAACGACUCUGUCUAUGAUGGAGCUGUCAUCCACAGUAUGACAGAGGGUUUGGGCCAGCUGACUGAUGGAGUGUGCGGUCUGGAUGAUUUUACACACAGUCACGUCUACAACGUGUGGCCCGGGUAUGACUAUGUGGGUUGGAACAACGAGAGCUUCCCCAGUGGAUAUGUUGAAAUCAUGUUUGAGUUUGACCGCAUACGAAACUUUACCACCAUGAAGGUCCACUGCAACAACAUGUACUCGAGGUAUGUCAAGGCCUUCCGCCAGGUGGUGUGUUACUUCCGCUCUGAAGCAGACUGGGAGGCCUCGCCGCUCUCCUUCAGCCCUGUGGUGGACGAGAAGAAUCCCAGCGCCCGUUUCGUCACCGUCAACCUGGCCAAUCACAUGGCCAGUGCCAUCAAGUGCCAGUUCUACUUUGCUGAUGCCUGGAUGUUGUUCAGCGAGAUCACCUUCCAGUCAGAUACAGCCAUGUACAAUAACACGCUGGUUCCACCCAAUACGGGACCACCCCCUAACAUACAACCAGAAGACGACCCCACGCACAAAGUAGAUGAUAGCAACACCAGGAUUCUGAUUGGUUGUUUAGUGGCCAUCAUCUUCAUCCUCGUGGCCAUCAUUGUCAUCAUCUUGUGGAGGCAGGUGUGGCAGAAGAUGUUGGAGAAGGCCUCUCGCCGGAUGCUGGAUGAUGAACUAACUGCUAGUUUGUCAAUACAGAGUGAGACGUUCGCCUACAACCACAACCAGUCGAGUACAAUCAGUGAGCAGGAGUCUAGUUCCACCUAUGAGCGCAUCUUCCCCCUCGGUCCCGACUACCAGGAGCCAUCACGCCUCAUAUGUAAGCUGCCGGAGUUUGCUCAAAGCUCAGAGGAGCCUGCUUCUACCAGCACAGCAGCUUCUAAAUCAACCACAUCUACUGUAGCCCAAGAUGGCGUCCCUCACUACGCAGAGGCAGACAUUGUGAACCUGCAAGGCGUGACUGGAAGCAACACAUAUGCCAUCCCUGCACUAACUAUGGACCUGUUGUCAGGGAAGGAUGUUGCAGUGGAGGAGUUCCCACGGAAACUGCUCACUUUCAAAGAAAAGCUGGGAGAGGGCCAGUUUGGAGAGGUGCACCUAUGUGAGGCAGAGGGAAUGCAGGAGUUCAUGAAUAAAGAGUUUUUAUUUGACAUCCCUGAGGACCAGCCAGUUUUAGUGGCUGUGAAGAUGCUCCGUUCAGAUGCCAACAAAAAUGCAAGGAAUGACUUCCUGAAAGAGAUAAAGAUCAUGUCACGCUUGAAGGACCCCAACAUCAUUCGUCUGCUAGCUGUGUGCAUCUACAGCGACCCUCUCUGUAUGAUCACAGAGUACAUGGAGAAUGGCGAUCUCAACCAGUUUCUGUCCCGCCACGAACCCGAGGGACAACUUGCCAUGCUCAGCAAUGCACCUACUGUCAGCUUCAAUAAUCUAUGCUACAUGGCCGCUCAGAUAGCAUCGGGGAUGAAGUACCUCUCCUCUCUAAACUUUGUUCAUCGAGACUUGGCCACGCGGAAUUGCCUGGUGGGCAAAAACUACACGAUAAAGAUAGCUGACUUUGGCAUGAGCAGAAACCUGUACAGUGGUGACUACUACCGCAUUCAGGGCAGAGCGGUACUGCCGAUACGCUGGAUGUCAUGGGAGAGCAUCCUGCUGGGAAAGUUCACCACAGCUAGCGAUGUGUGGGCCUUUGGGGUGACCCUGUGGGAGAUACUAAACUUCUGCAAGGAGCAACCUUACUCUCAGCUCACUGAUGAGCAGGUGAUAGAAAACACAGGGGAGUUUUUCAGGGACCAGAAAAGACAGAUCUACCUGCCUCAGCCUGUGCUGUGUCCAGACUCGCUCUACAAGAUCAUGCUGAGCUGCUGGAGGAGGAACACAAAGGAACGGCCCUCCUUCCAGGAAAUACACCGAGCCCUCCUGGAAUAGCAGCCUUAAGACGGGGCAUGUAUAAGACAGUGAUUCCCAGUCUGCUCAUCUCUGGAAGAAAUGGUGCAUGACAAGAGUAGACCAUGAUUUCAGACACAAUCCAGGUUUAAGCUAUCUUGUUUCAGUAGAGAAACAGGGUGAGAGCCACCUGUGGGCUCCAAGCUACAAUUUGGGAAACACUCUUUCAUGGACUUACACACUACAGCGAUGGACUACCAGAGACUUUUGGUGUGUGUCAGUUUGAGUUUAUUUAGCACAGUUACGUUGGCUAAGACGUUUUAUAGACAUACAGGUAUUUUUAGAAAAAUCUAUUCUGUUUCAUAGUACACCAACCCCGAAAGUCACACAGAAACGUGAUUAAGGUUUGGUUGUGGCAUUGGUUGUGAUGAGGAAACCAAAAUGAAAUGUAGCAAGUGACAUUCGGCACUUUUGAAAAUGUAUUUUAAUUUCAUUUUUUUAAUAUGAGUUCGAAUUUCCCAUGUUACAGUGUUUGAUAUCAAACGUAUGCAACAUUGUUGAAGAACUUUCUUGUGUUUUCUUUUGGAAGACUGCUUGAAUGUAGAGAGGGGGGACCAUUACUGUUACAUUUCAUCUCAAUUUCUCAGACAAACUCCACGUUUAGAAUAACAAGGAAAUAUCAAGUAACUCAGUCUUUCUCAUCUCCCUGCAGUUUUUGUGUGGUGAUUUGAACAUGAAGUGUAUAUGACUGUGUAUUUUCAAUAGAUAAGUCUAAAUCUCAAAUAGCAAUAUUUUGUAUUAAUAUUUAUAUGUUCAUAUGUGUUUGAGUUUUGUUGAUAUAUUUGUGGAUUAAUAUGCUCUUUAAUUGACGUGUUUGUAUCAUAUUUGAUUUUGUAACUUUCCUGCUCACAUUUUGGAUCUAAAAACCAAGCAAACUGCUUGAGAAUAUUUUUUAUUUCCCACUGCAGACUGUAUUAUAAUAAUAUCAGCAGCAAGCUCCUUGAUAAGUGAUCAGAUGUAAGCAGCUUAUCAGGAAUGUGUGUGUGUUUACAGUCGGCAUCGUUGGGAAGAUGUUACUGAGUGUGUUGUAGGUGUCGAACGAGUGAAUGCAUAUCUGCUUAAAGUUUGUCUCAGUUGACAAAGAAAGUAUAUUGCCUUUUAAAUCAGGAAUGUAGAGGAAAUGGGAAUAAUCAGCCUAUCGAUGGAAUUGGUACGACUGCUUCAGAUUAGUUUAUAUUAGCUAAUGAAAACUAUCUAACACAGCUAAUGACUCAUCUACAGGUUUUAGUUAUCUGCAGUCAGUUUGUUCUUCCUUUUAUCGCUGUAUGCUGGAUUCUUUCUUCUUUUCUGGCAUAUUUCUGUGUAUAACUCUGAUAGCUUGAACUUCAUACUGCAUACCACUGUUCAGCUAUAUUUACAGGCUCUAUCCUCUAUCAGAGGCCUUUGUCCCACUUACCUCGUACAUAAAAGACACUCAUGUCUGCCCUACUGCAUGGUAUUUUCUGUGUUUUGCGAUCUAGGCUAAAAAUCUGUAUGAGAAGGUUAAAUAUGAUAUUCGGUUAGGAGACAGAUUUGGGUAUUUGUGAAGCAUGUGGUGAUUCCCAUCGGAUAGAGAAAUCUUUUCAUGGCAUUUACAAUCCCCUGUGUUGUAAAUGGCAGAUGUAUAGCUGUAAAAAAUGUAAUGCCCUGACAAAUUUCAUGGUUAGUUUUAUUACAUAUUUGUACUCAAAUGUUUGGUUUUCAGUGAGAAUGUUUUUAUAUACGUUGUAAACAAAAGUUGUACAUUGAUAGACAAAAUACAAAUAAAAUUUAAACAAGGAA